AUGAUGGCCGUAGAUGUGGCCUUAGACAUCAAAGUGGGCGUCUACUACUGUUCGCAGGGGCUUUGGCUCUUCGGGCCGAUGGCCUUGACCAUCCCGGCCCUGGCAGGUCUGGCAUGCUUCGCGUACAAGCGCUGGAUGUGGGAGAGGGAUUAUGACGAUGACAACUAUUAUAAUAAAAAUUUAGACGAGGCAGGUCGGCCGAAGCCAGGUCUGCUUACCUUGCUGCGCCAGGUUUUUCAAUUGGAAUUUCUGACCACCGCUUAUCAGAGAUACCAAAACCCAGAGCUGCAUCAGCGAGGCUGGCUCAUCGACCAAGCUUUCAACGGAGUGUUGGAAGGAUUCCCACAAUGCCUGCUGCAAACGUACGUGCUGCUGUGCCUGGAGCAGGAGGCCGUGCACACGGACUCCGUGGACACAGGCAUUCAGGUUGUUUCGAUAGCUUUCUCGUGCUACAGCAUGGCCAAGGCCCUUGGAAACAUCAGCUUCACACUGCUUCAGAUUGAACCGGUCUUGCCUGUGCCCUCGGGGCUCUCGGGAUGGCAGCUGCUGUUUUUGCAGGUUGCUGAUGUGGCCAGCCGGCUUCUGUGCUGGUGCACACUGGGAGCUGCCCUGAGGAACCCCAGUGCAGACAUCCACGAGAACGGUCAGCUCGUGCUGCCGAUCUUGAUGACGGUGGAGUUCGUGGCAGUGGCAUGUUUGCUCCGUGCCUCGCUGGACUGGACAUGUCUAAAUGCUUCCGAGUCAGCAGCGAUCGCCGUUCUGUCCAUGACCGUUGCCUACCUUUCGACACCCAUGCUGAUCUUUGUUGCCACCUUCACAGAUAUGCUCCGAGUUCAAGCGCUGUUGUGCUGCCUGCGCGGGUUCGAGGUGCUUGUCUGCCUGUGCAUUGUGUGGUACCGUGUGCAUGCCGUCAACCAGCCCCACACACUGCUCUUGUCGUUCACGAUCGGCAGCAUGGCGGCGUACUUUGCCGUCUUCGUGACGGUGGUGUUCGAUCGCUUCAUGCGCCUGCAACGAGGCCGCCCGGUUUUGCCUUCAGCCCAUGGGGGGCAGUUCAACGAGGCACACUGGGCAUGCGCUUUCAACAACCUCGAGCUGCUGAAGAGCUGCGGGUCCGACUCUCUCUCCGAGAAGACCAUUGAAGGCUGGACCCCUGCACAUUUGGCGGCCGAAAACGGGCAUGAGGCUGCGCUGCAUCUGGUCUACGUGCUGGCUCCCGAGACCUUGUCUGCCCAGGACAACAAAGGGACCGUCCCUGCACACUGGGCUGCUGUAUCCGGACACGAGGCCGUCCUGAGGCUUCUCAACGAGAUAGCUCCGGAGACCUUGUCUGCCAAGGACAAUGAGGGCCACGUCCCUGCGCACGCUGCAGCUUUUCAUGGCCAGGAGGGCACCCUGAGGCUUCUCGACGAGCUGGCUCCGGAGACCUUGUCUGCCAAGGACAAUGACGGCCGAGUCCUUGCGCACUGUGCAGCUGCUUUCGGCGGGGAGGCCACCCUGAGGUUUCUCCACGAGAUAGCUCCGGAGACCUUGUCUGCCAAGGACAAUAACGGCGGAGUCCCGGCGCACGUUGCAGCUCGAUUUGGGCAUGGGAACACCCUAAGGCUUCUCGACGAGCUGGCUCCGCAGACCUUGUCUGCCAAGGACAAUGACGGCAUAGUCCCUGCAUACGAAGCAGCUUUCGAGGUCGACGGAGCCACCCUGGAGCUUCUCUACGAACUGGCUCCCGAGACUUUCCGGGACGCUGGCAUUGCACCCGCUGCAGCUGAAUUAGGCCGUGAGGCUACUCUGAAGCUUCUGAACGAAGUGGCUCCUGAGACCAUGUCUGCCCGGGACGAUAACGGCCGAACCCCUGCACACGAGGCGGCGUGCGCCGGACAGGAGGCUACUCUGAAGCUUCUCAACGACCUGGCUCCUGAGAUCAUGUCUGCGCGGGACGAUAAAGGCCGAACCCCUGCACACGAGGCGGCGUGCGCCGGCCAUGAGGCUACUCUGAAGCUUCUGAACGAAGUGGCUCCUGAGACCAUGUCUGCCCGGGACGAUAACGGCCGAACCCCUGCACACGAGGCGGCGUGCGCCGGACAGGAGGCUACUCUGAAGCUUCUCAACGACCUGGCUCCUGAGACCAUGUCUGCCCGGGACGAUAACGGCCGAACCCCUGCACACUAUGCUUACCUUGUCUGCCACAGACAAUGA